AUGGAGGAGUCACAGAGGAACCAUGUGGAGUCCAUCAGUGAGGAACCUGUGGUCAACAUGGUUACUGGGGGAAUGUUGGAGGCGGAGCUCGUCGGAUUGGAAAGUGGAGGCUUGUGUCAGAGAGUAGAACACACUACUGUGUCAUCAGGAUCAGUUAAAGCUGUAGAGGUCAAAGGUCACAGCAGCCGUCAGCAGACCAGGCCAGCCACAACCUCAGGUCAGAUAGUUCAAGAGGUCAAAGUUCACAAAAACCCUCGAGUGAACAAACCGAAAGAGGCGACGGACGAGAUGAAGAGAGCGAUGUACUCGGUGGAGAUUAAGGUGGAGCGGGACAAAGUGACGGGGGAGACCAGGGUUCUGUCCACUAACACCACACUUCCUGUUGACCUGUCUCACCAAGGGGUCAAAGUGUACGAGGACGAGAGGAAAGGUGACGUCACAGGAAACAGAAUGAUUAAACUGAAACCUGACUGAACAGCAGGAGGAGGUCUGGAGUCUGAUCCUGAUCCUGAUCUGGACUCUGAUCCUGGUCUGGACUCUGAUCUUGAUCUGGACUCUGAUCUUGGUCUGGACUCUGAUCCUGGUCUGGACUCUGAUCCUGAUCCUGGUCUGGACUCUGAUCCUGGUCUGGACUCUGAUCCUGAUCUUGGUCUGCACACUGAUCUUGAUCCUGGUCUGGACUCUGAUCCUGAUCCUGGUCUGGACUCUGAUCCUGAUCCUGGUCUGGACUCUGAUCCCGAUCCUGGUCUGGAUUCUGAUCCUGAUCCUGGUCUGGACUCUGAUCCUGGUCUGGACUUUGAUCCUGAUCUUGGUCUGCACACUGAUCUUGAUCCUGGUCUGGACUCUGAUCCUGAUCUG